AAAAAAAAAACCCCCACUCCGCUUCCACGUCCUUCCCAACGAAAAAGAAAUCGCAAACCCUAACCUCCCAAUCGCCGGCGCUGGCGCCGCCGCUGCAAAGCGAAUGAUGGCGAGUGGCCGCCGCGGCCACGGCGGACGGGGGAGGUUCGGCGGCUUUCGGGGCGACGAUCCGCCGUCACGUUUCGGCGCCCGCGUCGAGGAGGAUCCUCCACCCCCGCGGCGGGCGUCGGGUUGGGGGGUGGCGCCGCCGUCGCGGCACCUGUGGGUGGGCGGGCUGGCCCCGGGCGUCACGGCGUCCGACCUUUCGGAGCUGUUCCUCCGGUGCGGCGAGGUCGAGGGCAUCGCCCGCGACCCGGGCCGGAGCUUCGCGUUCGUGAGCUUCCUGCGGGUGGAGGCCGCAGUCGCAGCGGUGCGGGAGCUGCAGGGGGCCCGGCUCGGCGGGGCGCCCGUUAGGAUCGAGUUUUCCAAGGGGGAUAAGGCUUCAGGUAGCUCAAUGGAUGACAGAUAUACACAAUAUGCUGAUGAGAGACAUUCUAUUGAACGUGGAAGGAAACGACUACCAAGUCCUGAAAAAACAAUAGAUAAAUCUAAAAGAAAUAGGUCUACAGAACCUAGUGAGGUGUUAUGGAUAGGUUUUCCUCCUGGUUUGAAGGUAGAUGAGGCAACUCUGUGGGAAGCCUUUUCACCUUUUGGGGAGAUUAUCAGGAUAACACCAUUCCCGGGCCGUAUGUAUGCAUUUGUCCAGUACACUAGUAUUACAGCAGCCUGCAGGGCAAAAGAAGCACUUCAGGGAAGACUUUUCAAUAACCCACGAGUAAGCAUAUGCUUUUCUCGGAGUGAAGGUGCUGCAGCAGAAGUUGGGAAACGAUCUUUUGUUGCCCCAUAUUCCCCCCAGUUAAACCCUAGUGCUAGGCCUAUCUUCAGAGAACGAGAUUUUGAAGCCUUUCCUAGGGCUAGGCCUUUCGAUAGCCCUCCAAGAGAUUUCCGCAUGUCAUCACCGUAUUUUCACCCUAAUAGGUUAUCAAGAGAUGCAGAUGAUGUGGGCUUUAGCAGGGAUAAUUAUUUUCAACAGGAACCUGGAAUAGAGCUUGGCCCUGUUUCUAAUAUUGAGCCUUUUAGAACACAGGAUUCAGAUCCAGGAAGAAGGAUGCCUGAGGAAUUUUAUGAAAAACUUAGACGCAGCCAAACUGUUAGGAGUGAGGCACCAUGGCACAACAUUCCUGAGCGACCUCGGAGACCCUUACCAUUGGAAGAUUCUUGGAAUGUUGAAGAUAAUUCUUACCCAUUUUCAAAGAAGCUAAGGGGUGGUCAAGUGCAUGAUACUGAACUUCCUGAAUAUCCUUUCUCAGAAUUUGAUCGGGGAAAAGUUUGUCCUGACUACCCAAGGAGGCCCCUAAAUGAUCUGCCAGAAGAUGAUUUACACAGUAGAACUUACCAAUUUCCUCCUAUGCAUGGUAGACAUCACAUUGAUGCCAUAAGGAAUCUAACUCCACUCGUCGAUAAAUAUGAAUCAUGGGGUGCUCAAGACAAUUUUGCUAGGCAUUUAGGAGAAAUGGAUAGAUCGACUCCUGAACGUUAUGAACCCUUUCUUAAGGAAGAAUGGAAAUGGAAUGGUGCAAUAGCAAAAGGAGGCACACCAAUCUGCCGAGCUCGAUGCUUCCCUGUUGGGAAGGUGCUUAACUUCAUGCUGCCUGAGUUUCUGGAUUGCACUGCUAGGACAAGUCUAGAUAUGCUUGCUAAGCACUACUAUCAAGCUGCUAGCAGCUGGGUGGUAUUUUUUGUUCCAGAAAAUGAUGCAGACAUGGCAGCUUAUAAUGAUUUCAUGAAUUAUCUUGGUGAUAAGCAGCGUGCAGCAGUUUGUAAACUUGGAGAAAGGAGCACCUUGUUUCUUGUUCCACCUUCAGAUUUCUCUGAGCAAAUACUGAGGGUGCCAGGAAAAGUCAGCAUAUCUGGAGUCAUUCUGAAGUUUCAGCAGUCAAAUCCAGACUAUUACUCACCCAAUCGCAAAUCAUUGGAGAAAGUUGCGCCAUCUUCUUCAAGUCAUUUGAACACUGAUGUAAGCAGUCAUGAGGAUCUGGAUGAUCUGAGAAGACUCAAUCCACCAGAUAGCAGGGCAUUCCCACAGGGUCCAGAUCAUCUCCGCUCGGCUGGAAGCUAUACCCCAGCAAGUACAGAUCUUUUUCUGCCUUACAAGCCGGAGAGUGCUCCUCCAUAUGUUGGCUCUCAGUUACCUCAAGAAAGGCCACGAGCCAACCCCCGCAUGGGUACAGCACAUGACCAACUUCAGCCACUCCCGAACAUGUUGCCCUCAGGAUGUGAUCCAAGUCCAGGUUCUGCUAAUUUCAGUUCUUUGGCGCAGAGUGCAAUCCCACAUGCAUCAAAUAACAGGUCGCUGGAGCCAUACUCAUUUGCUAUUCAAGGGGUGCCAAAAGGCACAAUAUCAGGGUACACACCAGGUGAAGCAUCAAACAGCAUGUCUUGGCCUUCCGUGCAACCUAAAUCACAGCAGGCAGCUAGACCUGAUCAGUCUCCUCUCCCAGUAUCGCUACCACCGGAUCAACUUGCACAACUGGCCGCCCUUCUUGCGCAACAAAACCAACCUGGAAAAGAAGUUGGUUUGCCUGUAGACAGCUCAAACAAACAAUCUGGAUUCAUACAAAAUUCCAAUUCAUAUGGACAUGCUCCUAUGAUGCCAGGCAGCGCAGGUUCCUUUCCUGUUCAGAACUCUUUGCCACCCGUUCCGCCAUCGAUGCCGCAAGUACAGGUCCAUGCACCACCAAUACAAGGCUCACUACCAUCAAAUGCACCCAUUACGCUUCCAGCCAGUGCUCCUGUACUUUGUAACACCACUUUUACUAUACCACCCAUGCAUGCUUUGGUGAGUCCAGCUCAUUCUUCCAUGCCCUUGGGAUCAUUUGUUCCUCCACUUCCUGAAGGUCCUCCGCCCUUUCAGCAGCACACAUCAAUUGCUCCCACCGCACAACCUUCUGUUUCUUCUGGCCAGCAGCCUAGCCAGCAACUAUCCGCCCAGGAAGAACUUGGAGAUCCUCAAAAGCGCCUUCAAGCAACAUUGCAGUUGGCAGCAACCCUUCUUAAGCAGAUACAAAAACAAUCAAAUCCUGGUGGUCAGAAAUAGAUAUGAGGGUUUGUGAGCAAAGGAAAUAGGAAUGUGCCAUGGGUGUUCAGGGUUGUGACCUCACCUGCAGCAAGGAGCAACUCCACAGCUAGGAGGGUUGCUCCCUAGGCGUGCGAGAGAGGACAAGGGGGUAGAGAGUUACCUGUAAUUUAUCCUUGCCUUUAUUGAUGAAUCCUCCUCUGUUAAAUUGAGGAUUCCUAUCGAAGUAACUAGAAUAUCUAAAGGAUAGAAAUUAGCCUGAUCAAGUAGGUACCCCCUUUUUUUUUUGAAAAAUGGGCAGGAGCUCUGCCAAUUGACAUUAGAAUAGAAAUAGUUUUACAACCUGGCGAUCCCUAGCCAAGCACAAGAGCAACACAGCCGAAUUAAACUAGAAAACAACUGCUAAUAGAAGACUGAAACUCCUGUUAAAACACCUCAAACUAACACCGAUAAACAAAGGAGACCCCUACUGUAGGGCUCACACUCUUAACUCCACCACCUCUCUAAUCCUGUAAAAAACUUGAUCAGGUCCCAAGUAUUGAUGCUCAAAGAUUCGCCUAUUUCUCUCCUUCCACAAGUUCCAACAAGUAUAAAUAGAAAUCCCAUAAAAAAGGUACCUUUCCUCCUUGGUAAUGAUCUUGCGUGCUUCACUCCACCAAUCAGCAAUGGCAGCCUGCUGAAUUAAUCCCGGAUAGGAAUAUUUUGGAGGUGCAACCAAGAGAAAACUUUAGCCCAAACCUGCUUAGCAAAAGCACAAAAUAAAAUGAGAUCGUUAGUUGUCUCCAGAUGCCCCCCACAAAAACACGUAUUGUGCUGCUAGGCCACCCCCGCAAAGCCAGCUUGUCAGCAGUUAGAAUCCUCUGCUGAACCAACAACCAUGCAAAGAAACGACAUUUAUUCUCAGUUUGAGCUUUCCUUCCAAUAGCUACCCUUACAUACUUAGAUUUUCCUAAACUUGAUGGGCAAGAUUUGGCUAGCCGACCGGCCCAAGCCGUGUGCCGCCCUUGAACCCAGGCACCUAUCCCACUAUCCCUACUUGAGCUACACCAUAACAUGUUUGUGGAGGUGCUUUGGAAGAAGCAUGAGAAUUUUUGUGAGAUAUUAGUAAACAUGGUUGUAAAUUCUCAUGCCUUUAUCAACGGGUCUUUAUAAUUUUACUGUAAACUCACUGGCCCUUAAUUUUCAGCAUUUUUAUCAACAGGGCAACUGCUUGUACUUUUUUCUGCA